GCCCACGGCCACCUCGCCACCGGGAAACCUUAUCCCCAAAAACGACACGGAUAAACCCUAGCGCUCCGGCGAUGUCGUCGACGGCGGCCAUCCGCUCCGGCGAGCUCCUCGCGUGCCCCGCCGCGCUGCGGCGGGCUCCGCUGGCGGUUUCGGUGCGGAUGCGGGGCGCGCCGCCGGUCGCGAGGGGGGCCGUGGCGGUGCGGGCGGAGGCGACGGCCGAGGGGGUCGGGAAAGCCAAGGGGAAGGGGGCGGGGGCGGGGAGGAAGAGGCCGGCGAGCGGGAUCACCAAGCCGAAGCCGAUCUCGCCCGAGCUGCGGGAGUUCGUCGGCGGCGCCGCGGAGCUGCCACGGACUGAGGCCAUCAAACUCGUCUGGGCGCACAUCAAGGGCAACAACCUCCAGGAUCCAGAUAACAAGAAGAUUAUAGUCUGUGACGACAAACUGAAGAAGAUAUUUGGAGGCCGUGAUCGUGUUGGGUUUCUCGAAAUCUCUGGGCUGCUGAACCCCCACUUCCCGAAGUGACAGCAUUUUUGCAGAUCGCUCUGUUUUGUUUUGUACUAGUUGUGGCUGUUGUAUGGGUCCAUUUUGCUAAACCUGGUUUAAUGGGUCUCUCAAUGCUGGUUUAAGAAAGGCAAAUGUGUUCCCUGACGACCCAUGUCAUCUAAUGUGCCAUUAAUGGUGUGCUAGCUCUUCCUUACUCA